UGCUGCGCGCGAUCGUCGCAUUAUCUAUGCGACACCGCUUUUUAUCUGUUAUAAUAUGGAUAGAUAUCACAUCCGCGCUCUUGUCAAUAUCCAGUUUUCAUAUUUGUGGUUUUGCGAAGUGUUCGACAAGUAUAAAUGGAUUAUAUUGUAAAGUGCCGCAGGAAACGUUUAGAUCUGUAAGGUCCGCAUUGGAAUUUAUCAGGACAACCGAGUGAUCGAAUAAUUGCAGUGCAAAUGUGAUAUUAUACAAGUGUAGUGAAAACUUAUUUAUUCUAAUUAUAUUAUAUAUACAGUUAUCCGAUGAAAGAUGGAACGUUACAGAACGGACAUGUUUCGAUUGUGUGCUUUCUUGUUCAGUGAGUUGAACUAGUGAUAGUGGCAUAAGUCUGAUUUGGUUAGACGCUAGUUUUAUUGACGGAUUAUGCUGAUCAAUACGUACUUGGACACGGAGGACUUCGUGCACCUGUACUAUCCAGAAGAUGAGCCGCCGGCUGCGCAGGGAUGCGGCGCAGGCGCACGCCUUGCUUCUAAGUACCCGCGACCACCGUCGCCUGACUUUCAACAGGUGGCAGCGACGUCAAGCGAGAUGAGCGAGCGCGAGCGGUAUCGCACGCCGCCGCAGCCCGAGCCCCCACCGCACCGCGUGCGCGCCUCCGACCUGUACCCACGACUGCGGACGCACUACGAUGAGCCCGGGCUCGACGCUGGCUUUUCGCCUAUCUGCGGGGAAUUUAUACAGUGGGUGGGACGCACGGCGGACGGCGGCACUAUCGCGAUGUCCAACUACCGACUUCACUUGCAACCCCGCCGGAGAAGCGGUCCAGGUGCAUCCAUACCUCUGCGGUUGAUUGAUGCUCUGGAGAUCCGCGACCUACUCUGCCUUAUCAUAUUCUGUAAACAUGGCCGGCAACUCAAAUGUUCAUUCAGCACUGGCGACCAAUGCAUAGAAUGGUGGAGAAGACUGAACAUGGCCUUAGUCCCUAUCAGUUCCCUACAAGAAACCUUUGCUGCGGCAUACGCGGCCUGGGCGAAGGAACAGUCCCCCACGUCCGUCCAUAGAGCUCUCAUGCGGGCAUCACACGCCCCGCAGCGAAGUUGGUUCGGACCUGAGUUAGAGCGACUCGGUUUCACUACGAAGGGGGCAUGGCGGGUGACAGCCGUCAAUUCGGAGUACAAGUUAUGUCCCUCUUACCCACCCCUGCUCAUCGUGCCUGCUUCUAUUUGCGACGAGGAUCUUGACUCCGUUGCAAGGUUCCGUGCGAUGCGUCGCAUACCCGCUGUGGUUUGGCGGCACCGCGGCACGGGCGCUGUCAUCGCGCGCUCCUCGCAGCCCGAAGUCGGCUGGUUCGGCUGGAGGUCAAGCGAAGACGAGCGGUUGUUGGCUGCCUUUGUGUCCGCUUGCAAUCAGGACCGCCCCACACCCAACAAACAAUUAAAACUGCUGAUAGUGGACGCGCGCUCGUACGCAUCUGCGGUCACGAACCGCGCGCGCGGCGGCGGCUGCGAGUGCGCGCAGUACUACCCGGCCGCGGACAUCCAGUUCAUGAGCCUGCCCAACAUACACCACGUGCGGAAGAGCUUCCAGCAGAUGCGGGACCUGUCUGCCGAGCCGGCGGAACAGCCCAACUGGCAUAGCAACUUGGAGCGCACAUUAUGGCCUCAGUACGUGUGCGGCGUGGCGCGCGCAGCCAGUGCGGUCGCACGCGCAGUGCACGCGGGCCGGCCCGUACUUGUGCACUGCUCGGACGGCUGGGACCGCACGCCGCAGUUAGUAGCCGCCGCACAGCUCAUUCUCGACCCCUACUAUCGCACGCUGCAGGGUUUCCGUAUACUGAUCGAAAAGGAGUGGCUUGACUUCGGGCACAAGUUCGCCGACCGGUGCGGGCACCAGUUCGGCGCGGAAGACCCAAACGAGCGGUCGCCAAUCUUCCUGCAAUGGUUGCACGUGGUCUACCAGAUGAUGGUGCAGUACCCCUGGAGCUUUGAGUUCAACGAGGCCUACCUGAUAAAGCUGGCGACGCACGUGCACUCUUGCAUGUUCGGAACUUUCCUGUGCAACACGAGCCGCGAGCGCGCCGAGUGCCGCGCGGCCGACACCACAGCACAAGUGUGGCACCUGCUGCAGGCGCCCGCCUACCGGAACCAUCUCUACUCGCCGCACUUGCAGCACGACCAGGUCAUAUGGCCGGAGUGCAGUGUGCGGGCGAUGCAAGUGUGGUGGGGCCUCACGCGGGGAGAGCGAGAACGCGAGCCCGCCGCCAGGGAGCAAGCACCCGCACCCGCACCGCCCGCGCCUUCCCCUCACCAUAAUGGUUUAAUGACAAAAACUAGAUCCUGUGAUAAUCUGCUAAGCGAAGGAGAAAAACGGACAGCACAACGAAGAUGUAGCGACCCCAGCCUGGCACCCGAUGUUAUGAAACUAUCGCUAGCAGUGAAUGGUACGGGUAGUGUGGAGAGUGAGCGUGAAUGCGAGGUUGUCGUACAAGCGGAGCCUCUAGCGCGGGCCGCUCUCACUGAUAGCGGCGUAGACCAACUGCGUGCGGACACCGAUACUGACACUGACCAGGUCGACGGCCUACAUCCAGACCACUUCGAAAACAACCGUAUACGUGAUAUAACAAGCAACUCAUCCUCCCUAGAACGUGAAAUAGUUGCCGUGCCCACAGUCUCUUUAGAGCAAGACAAACCGGAAUUGAGUCCAAUAGCGAAUCACGUUAUCGUGAACGGAGAGGCCGACAUUGCGGACAGUGUGCGAGUUGCUGAAGUAGAUUCGCCUGAAGAGCCUCCAGUAUUUGUUUGCGACACAUACACCGAUGUCCUCGGCAUGGCGGAGGCUGCAAGAGAAUCCGCUAGAACACGAAACAUAAGUAUUACAUGGCGUUCCAUAUCAGAGUCCAGUAACCAGUCUUCAACCGGUUUCGACAUCCCCGAGAACUCUCCCCAGAACCGUCUGGAAUCAGCAACUCUUCGCCUCCAGGAAAUUCCUAUAGAUAACCACAACUCCACGGAAGGAGAUGUGGUAAACCAUAAUGUUUUGAAUGAACUGACAAACCACAAUAGGGAAGUUAACCAGGCAAGCAAUGGCGAUGUAAACGGAUUGGCAGAUAUUGGUACGAAGUUUUUGGAAGUUGAUUUGAAUGUAGAUGGUGCGUCGUCGAGCGGAACGAGUUCAGAAAGCGAGGGUGAAGGCGCGGCGAGUUGCAGUACCCGCGUGGCGAGUCAGCUUACCUUGUGUCCCGCUUCGCCGCGUCGAGCGCCUUGCCAAGCAUGCCCGCACUGCACUUGCGUCUGCGCUAACGGGAACGGGAACGGACGCGCACCGGAACCAUCAUCGUCGAGUAGUUCUUGCUGGUGCGGUGUGUGCGGCGAGUCUGGAGAGGGAGGAGCGGGUAUGGUGGGCGGAUUGUCACGCGUGCGCUGUGUUUGCGGUGCGGGUGCGCGUACGCACUGCGAUUCGCUUGACGGCCUUCCGCCUGCUGCAGAUCCUCUGCAAGCGAGGCUGCACCAAAUCAUACUCUAUCAGAAGAAAGUAGUGGAGGAUUUAAGAGGACAAUUACGAGACGCUCGCGAGGCGCUUCGCCGCGCGUCACCUGCUCCCGCAACGCUACCAACCCCCCAUUCACAGAUGGCAGGCAACAGCAACGGCAACGGCAACGCCAGCCGCAGCCUGCGCAGCGGCAGCAGCAGCGGUGCGGCGAGCGGCAGUAGCAGCGGCAGUGCAUCCGAAGUUGAGGUCGGUGAGGAAGCGCGCGGCGUUUUGUGGCUGCCCGACAGCGCCGCACCGCGCUGCCAGCACUGCCGCAAUCAGUUCUGGUUGGCCCGACGCCGACACCACUGCAGGCGGUGCGGCGGUAUAUUCUGCGGCUCGUGCUCGGAGAUGAGUCCGUGGGGCGACAUGGGUGCGGUGCGCGUUUGUCGCCGCUGUCGCACGCUGCGGUGACCGCGCCUCGCGCACUAGGCCCCCCCUCUACCCUACCCUUUCGAUUGACCAAAGUGCCGAGCUCUCCACUAGCACAUUUUUUCUUAUCAGUCUUAUAAUUUUGAACUCUUCGUUAUUCUUUAGUGUAAAGUAUGUUUAAUAAUAUUAAAAAGAAACCCCUCUUAAGAAGUUAUGCUACUUUGGUGUUAAUCACAAAUUUCUUUUUUACGCAUUUGAAUAUAUUUCAACUUAACAUUAAUUACUAUAUUUUGGUGGAAUAAUAUUCAUAUAAAUAAUAACCAUUUUUCUGUAUAUUUUAUUUUUAAAACAUACUUCGCACUAAAAAGUAAUGAAAAGAUUUAAUAAUAAUCUAGGUGGAAAAAAUUUGCUAUACCAACUACUAAAACCGACCUUGCUCUAAAUUUAUCACUUCCCUGUUAAUGUGAAGCGUCUAGAACGCUCUCAGCCUUGAGAUUUUUAGUGUAAAAUUGCGUUACUGGAAUUUGCUUGGAUCUGUUACGCCAUUAAUUUCCUGUACAGGGUUGAAUGAAAAUUACCAGAAAGCUCUCGGCCUGUAGUUGUCUACUUUAAAAGUAACAAGUUCUUUUUGUACGAUUUUUUUUUUGACUCGAUUUAUAAUUAAAUAUUUUACAUAAAUACUUUGUUACUUCGUAAUGUAACAUCGGCAACAGCGCACGAACCACGACUCCAUCGUGCGGUCACUGACAUCACAUAAUACGAUUUAUAAACUUUUGUAUGAAAUAAAUUAUUACUGAUUCUUAAAAAGUCGUAGAACAAAAAUUAUUAGUUUUAAUGAUAGGAACUACAAGGCCGAGAGCUUUUUGCUAUUUUUUAUUUAACCCUGUAAAAGCGACGUCCAAAAUACGUUUGGGAGAGAAAAAAAAUGCUUGCAUUUGUUUCAUUGUAAAGUGAACAUCUGAGGACACUUAUUCAAGUGAAACCUACGUAGAUGACGCAUCGAGUCACGUGUUAGAAAAAAAAUUAAUAAUCCUAAAAAUCUCUGUCCGGUGUUCGUGCAAAUUAAGCUUAAUGUUCAUCGCUUAUCCCGGACUUCCGCAAAGUAACGCUUGCUUCCAUCCAAGAUUUAAAUCUAUCAAUUUGGGUGAACGAAACAUCACUCUACAUACUAAAAAAACUUAACUCGAAGCUGCGAGUAUUUUAAAUUAGAUACGACACCACUCGGAUCUUAUUCCCAGCGUACUUUUAGCGUGGCCAUAAUCCUUAAUUUAUUAACAGAGCAAAUUAAAUGGAUGUACAAUGCAAUUUAAGCUUAAUUUAAGGGGGGGAUCCACACUGCCAAUUUAUACCGAUAAGUGACGCACAAGCGAAGUGGCUUAUACCAUACAUUUCGAAUAUAAACUAUAAUUAUUUCUCAAUCGUUCACUUUAAAUAGCUUUAUUUAACAUACAUCUUUAAUUAAAACCCACGAAACAUUCGUACUGCGAUCUUAUCGUAUCGAUAUCAAUAAUUUGAAUCAAACAAACAAAAUUUAUUUAUUUAUUUAUUAAUUUUUAAAAAAUAACUUACAUUCACGGCAUUCUGCAUACCUUUAAGCCACCCCGCUUGCGCGUAGUUCAGGACGUCCAAGAAGAAAUGCAGACGACUGUAAAAUUAUGUGUUGGUUAAAGCACUUCUGGUAAGAAGAAUCACUACAAACAGACAGACUUGACGUUUCAAACGUGCUUAUAUUAGGCCUACUUGAAAUAAAUGAAUUUUGAAUUUUGAAUUUUUUGAAUUUUGAAACCAAAAACCACAUGUCUAUUAGUGGCCUUGUCCUUAUGACCUUGGAGGUGUUGACUUGAUAAAGGGAAAUUGUAAAUUAAACUGUCCAAUCUCCUAAUGUAGAAAAUUGUAUACGAUUGACUUCCACAGAGUAAAGCCCCUUCUAUUUAAUUCAUAAUUCACGUAAUAUGGGGUAAUUUACUUACUAUUUUAAUAAUGGAAUGAGAUUAUGAUUAUUUAAUAUUUUAACCAACCCGUUAACAAAUAUUUUGGGAAAUAUAAUUUUAGAACAAGGUUGUAACAAACGUACAGUGAUUAUAUCUGAUUGAAAAGCCCAUUAACUAUUUGAUUACAACUUAGGAACUGUUUGUAUAAGUUGCUUUUUAUCGAGAAUGUCUUCAGCUUGAACUGUUAGACAAGCUGUUCUAAUGUUUCAUUUUAACGCUAACACAAAUAAUUGGAAUGCGGUUAUGCAAAUAAAAUCUAAUACACAAAACUUGACAACUUGUUUUAAAUAUAAAUAAAGAAUCUAUAAUAGAGAUCUCAAUUUGACCAGUUUGUAUGUUCGAUCUUGUAUGCAUGAUUACUUCCAACUGAAAUUUUUCAAGGAAACGUCGAAUUUAAUCAAGCCAAGUGCGUACUGUGAUCUUUCGCUUUAUUUAUAAAUUAUUUUAGUUGAACAUCUUUCCUCGUUGAUUUUCUUCUCUUCUCUAACAUUAAUGUAAAAUAUAAUGGAUCUUUUAGUUCUUGCACAAUCGAUGGAUGAGCUUUAUACUGGCAAUUGUCACAGUAGACAUACUUUCUACUACUGAGUACUUCUUAAAAUUAUGACUGAGAUUAUGAAACUUGUAAGACACUAUGACACUACUUGAUGCUAUGACACUUUAAUCAAAGCUAUCAGGUAACUAUUAAAACGCGAUGCCGAUGUCAUAGAUAAACUAUUAAGCUAUGAUAUUUUUUUCGCAAAACGCACUUGGCUUUUGCACCGGAAAAAAAUAGUGACGUAAAUUUUUUAUACAUAUGACAUCAAUCAAUAUAAAAAAUAACAACAAAGGUCUCUUUUGUUGCUGUGUCGAUGAAAAUAACUCUACCGUUCACAUGGCCGGACUGAACAUGUUACAGUUUUUAUGAAUUCAAUAUUAGUCUUCGAGAGCCAAAUAUAGCCCGGCCAAAUAUGGUCAUGGGAACUGGAGGCUGACUACCAUUGGACGACUAUCUUCUAAAGCAGUGUUAUUUUAAACUAACUGUUACCUGCAACUUCUUUCACGUUUAUUCCGGGUUUUAAGAACCCGCGAAAUUAUUUUGUUAUACAGCCUAUUUCUGUACAAAAUUCUGUCAAUAUCGAUUAUGCUGUUAUGCCGGGCAACCGAAUAGGCAACCAAGUUUAUUUUUUUAACAUAAAUCGGAAUGGUUCCUGAGCGCUUAUCCAGAAAAAAACUAUACUAGUUUUCAGGAUCAGGAUCAGGAUGCAAAGUAGCUCAGUGUUAAAUUCGGUCGAGAUUGGUGCAUAGGUUGAGUUGAACGUAUAUAUAACAAACAAACAAAUAGACACACUUUCGCAUUUAUAAGAUUAUAAAGGCCUUUAUUUUGUAUUUGUUCUUUGUGGAAAGAAAGAAAUAUUUUAGAGUUAUUAGUUUAAACCUGUACAAAAGAAUGGACACCAGUGUUUUAUAUGGCAUACCUUGUCGUACCUAAAACAAGAAUUAUAAUUCUGGAAAAAGAGCGUCAAUAAGGUCAAAUAACACUGCUUUAAGCGAUGGUAGUAUACAACAGCUACAAAAGAAUCCUCAUUUACAAUACAUCCAUCUAUAAUACUAGUCAGGCCUGCUUUGUUAAAUGUGGCUUUUAAUAUUGUUUUGUUAUUUUUUUAAGGAUGCGUAUGAUUGAUCAGUUUCUUUAGGCUCUUGACAACAUGACAGGUUACUCCGCUCUUUUGAAAUAAUAUUUAUAUAUGUUAUAUUUAUAUUGAGAACUAUGUGAUGCAAUGAAUAGAAGAUAGUGAACUAGACUUAUAGUAUUUUUGCUGCAAUUUAUUAAGUCGAAUAGUUUGAUUAUAUAUUAAACAAAAAUAUGAUAAAUUAUAAUGACACUAGUGUUGUGAUCCGAAAAAGUGCGAAUAGAGCUAUAGAGAAGGUUGUUAGGGUAUGUCCAAGUGUGAAGGCUGUUUUUUAUUUUGUACUAACGUCUUGGUUACUGAUCUUUAGAACGACAGCCAAACUGUCGAAGCCACCAUAGACUGAACUGUUAGAUAAUUCGUGGCUUUACAAAACGACGGUACUCGGCUGGCAGACCAAACUAACUAUUCACGGUAUAGUUUUAUAAAUCGUGUGACUUAUUCCAAUUGACUUGUGGAUAUAAUUCAAUAUUUUCUCUUGGAAAUGAUUUACGAAACACUAUAAGCUUUA